AUUCAGAUCAACUCAAACGUUAACAUCAAAUAUCUGAGGGUUUUAUAUUCAAUGUAAUCCAGUUGAGGUUUAUGUGUUCUUGAAGAACCCUUAGGCGGUAGCUUUCUGCCUCAACUUGCUUAGUUGUUAAACAAUACAACUAUGGAAGUUAGGCCAACUGUUGUGUAGUUAUUUUCCCAACUCACUUGGAAUGAAAGCAAAACCGUUGGGUUCUUGGUCGCCAUCUCACUCCAAAUUUCACCUUCCACACUUUUGUUAAUUGAAACACUUCACCUUAAUUCUGUUGUAAUCUCAUCCUCAGACCUUUUCAUUCCCCAACUCAAACCCGUUUCUUAUAUUUGUUUUUCCCUAGGCUGUAAGAGUCUUGAUUUUCAGAUAAAUAUAGCUCAGGAAAUCUUGAUUGCAAUCUGUUUGUGUUGUGGGCUCUGAGGGAUUUCCGUUUAGCCUGGGCGGCAAUAUAGGAGAUUGGUGGUUUCGAUGAAUACAAGAUAUUUCUUUCAACCGGAUUCACUAUGCAGUUCCGGGAGUGCAGUUUCUGUUUCAUCAAUUUUUCCGGCAGCAGUAGAAGAGAGGAUUGCUCUGAGUUCGCCGGCUAGGUCGUCUCGGACUUCUCCUCCUUUCUUGAUAAGAUUAGCAAUGAAAAUAUCAAGAUCAAGGUGGUAUAGUUUCUUGAGAAGAGUUUUUCAUUACCAGAAUGGGUCCGGGUCCGACCUUGGACCCAACCCAUUUGAUUCCAAGAACUGGAUGUUGAUGGAAUUCAUAGCUUUGACAGUUCAAAUCAGUGUCACAGCAUAUACUCUGAUCAUCUCUAAAGGGGAGAGGCCGGUUUGGCCCAUGAGGAUAUGGGUUGCAGGUUAUGCUUUCGGUUGUUUCCUCAAUCUUGUGCUACUGUACUGGCGCUAUCGUCUUGUUUAUCUUACUCGAGGGGAUAAUGAUCUGAGUGGCUCUGAUAUUGAACAGCAGAGAAGCCACAGAGAGUCGAGAGACUUGCAGUAUAUGCAGAAAUGCAAGACGUCGCUUGAGCUGCUGUUUGCAAUAUGGUUUGUGAUGGGCAACGUGUGGGUGUUUGAUUCACGUUUUGCUUCAUACCAUCGUGCUCCUAAACUCCAUGUCCUCUGCAUCUCCCUGUUGGCCUGGAAUGCUGUGAGCUACUCGUUUCCGUUUAUACUGUUUGUGUUGCUCUGCUGUUGUGUGCCAAUGCUUAGCAGCCUCCUAGGCUACAACAUGAAUACGGCGUCCCUCCAACGAGGAGCAACUGAGGAGCAGCUCGCCAGUCUGCCAAGCUGGAAGUACAAGGAUGCUGGAAGCAUUUCAGAGCUUGGAAAUUCAACAAAAAACCAUGAGGUUCAGGAAUGUUGUAUCUGUUUGGCCAAGUACAGGGAGAAGGAAGAAAUCAGGCAGUUGCCAUGUACUCAUAUAUUUCACAUGAAGUGUGUGGACCAGUGGCUCAAGAUUAUCUCUUGUUGUCCUCUUUGCAAACAAGGGAUAGAGAAAUGAAAAGACAACAUCAACCCGAAAACAAACCUCCUACAAUUUAGGUUUUACAUUAUUUUUCCCUUUCCUGGAUUUAAGGAAAAGAGGGCAUCAAUGUUGUUUAUAAAUCAUAAGUCGUGCAAAUUUACAUAGUUGCUAGAGUGAGUGGAAUCCCUGUACAACAUUUUGAGGCUAAACCACUCAGAGAGUGGGGUAUUGGACAUAUUUUCAUCGUUUUAGCGGCUAA